UGGCGUGCCGCCUCUUCAUUGGGCGGAGAUCCAAUCCGCUACCUGUGGGCUGGGCGAGAGGUGGCGCGGGGUGGGCAGAGGGUGUCCGGCGUUGCUGCGGUAACGGCCGGCCGGCCGACCCGGGCAUGGCGGCGGGGCGUGCCCCGCGCAGAGCAGGGAAUUUCAAGGGUACUCUCUGAGGCUGAAAGAAACCGGCAAUGGCAUGGUUCAAGGCACUACCUAGAAAAAGUUGAAGCUUGGGAAUACAAAGUCUUGGAAAUAGCCAGCAGAAGUACUUGGGGUUGAAAAUGCUGGGAGAGAAAAAGCAAUUAAUUGUGAAAAGAGACCUUUAUACAGACCCCACAUUUCCAGCUAGUGAUACCUCUAUAUAUUUUAAUUAUUGUACCCCACUUGCACAAUUCAGAGGCGAGAUCUCAUGGUUGAGACCACAGGAAAUUUGUUCUACUCCUCGGUUAUUUUCAGACAAGCCACAGGACGUGCAAGUGAAACAAGGGAUUUUGGGAGACUGUUGGUUCCUUUGUGCCUGUAUAGCUUUGCAAAAGAGUAAAUACCUACUAAAUAAGGUAAUCCCUCCAGGUCAGCCUAGCUGGACGGAUGAGUCAUAUCAAGGCUGUUUCACUUGUCGAGUCUGGCAGUUUGGACAGUGGGUGGAAGUAACUGUUGAUGAUCGCUUGCCUUGCCUGGGUGGUAAACUCUGCUUUUCCCAAUGUCAGACGGAAGAUUUGUUUUGGCUUCCACUAUUGGAAAAAGCCUAUGCGAAACUGCAUGGAUCUUAUGAACAAUUAUGGGCAGGACAGGUGGCAGAUGCUUUAGUUGAUUUGACUGGAGGUAUUGCUGAAAGAUGGACCCUGAAAAACCCUGGAAGAAACACAGAGAAAGAGAAGACUGGUAUGGUUUUGGAGAAGACAGUGUUUAGGAGAUUAAUGAAUCUGAAGGAACAGUGUGUAAUAAGCUGCUCAGUCCUCAAUUCCAGACAAGGUGCAAGUGAACUAGGAGAAUUUCAUGCCUUUAUUGUGAUAGACAUGUUGAAUCUUUCUAAAGUGUCAGGCAAGGAAAUCUUCCUACUACGGAUACGAAACCCUUGGGGGAGGCGGUGCUGGAAGGGUCCCUGGUGUGAGGGUGGUCAAGGAUGGAGCCAACUGGAUCCUGUAGCUGCCUCAGAACUGCUCUCUCAGAUCCAAGAGGGAGAAUUCUGGGUUGAUGAAGAAGAAUUUUUUAGGGAAUUUGAUGAAAUUACCAUGGGCUUUCCAAUCAAUGAGGAAGGACAACUUCAGAGCCUCUAUACGGAGAAAGUUCUAUUUCACUCUCAGAAUCUUUUUGGAUCCUGGGUGAGAGGCCAGUCUGCAGGUGGUUGCCGUAACAACAGCAGCUUCCCUACCAAUCCUAAAUUCUGGCUGAGAGUCUGUGAGAAGAGUGAGGUGUGCAUUGCUCUGCUGCAGAAACACAGGAAAUACAGUCCUGACUGGGCUGGAAGAAUUCAAAAUCUGACUCACUUAGCAGAGGAAAAUCUAUCUUUGGCUGAAGGCAUACAAAGGAAGAAUUAUCAGGCUGUGGGACUGCAUGUCUGGAAGGUGGAGAAGAAGCGAUUUAACCUUCCAAAGACCCUCUCUGCUCCUCCAGUUGUAGGUACCGUCUGCCAUUCCUAUGACAGAGAAGUACAUGUAUGCUGUGACCUUUCCCCUGGGUAUUACCUUGUUGUUCCCAGCACUUUUCUGAAGGAUGAAGUAGGGCAUUUCUUGCUUCGUGUAUUUUCAACAGGAAGGAUCUCUCUCAGUGAGAUAAAACCACCACCCACUGAUGCUGCCUUCUGUGAAGAAUUCCCAGCAGGUGAAUGGGAGACAGUGCAGCUGCAGGGAUGCUGGAAAAAUGGUCAAAGUGCUGGAGGUAGCAGGAACUUCCCUUCCUUCCAUAUCAAUCCCUGCUUUCCCCUCUCCAUUCCUGCAGGACCAGGAAAAAGCAGUGUGAAAGUUACCCUCCGUCAGCACUGUCAAGAUAGCAAGUGUCGUCCAAUAGGUUUCCAUAUUUUCCAGGUACCUAACAGCAAUUGGAAACCACAUAUUUCCUCUUUCAUACACUUGGAGCCACUGGUUAGCUGUGUACCUCACUGCUAUUCACAGGAAGUAAGCCAACUUUGCAGACUUCCUGCAGGAAGUUACGUAAUUAUACCUUCUACGUACUCGCCAAAUACGGAAGGCAAUUUUACAGUAAUCAUAGCAACCAAGAUAGACAGGAAACGCAUUCAGAGCCGGGAGACACUUGGACAAGUAUUGCAAGAAGUCUCCUUUACAACUGUGAUGAAAAGGUAAUCUGGAAUUCUCACACUGUCAUUUUGGGAAACAUUGGAAAACCGAGGAACGCCUCACCUCUUGCUGUUUCCAGUUUUAAAUGGAGUGACAAGAAGAUCAUCUUAACCCAGUUUUUCACUGGUAAUAACUGUCAGGCCUACAGUGACUUCUCUGUAAAAAGUACCUCCAUAAUCAUAAGCACUCUGAUUAUUUUUUAGAACCAGCAUUGUACAGCAGGUCUUCAUAAGGUACCUCAGUUCUUCACAAAUGCAGGUGGAGAAUAUGUGCAUGUUUUAAUCUAAGCUACAAUUUUAGAAGAAAAACGUAAAAAUGUAUGUGCAUAAUGAAAUAAUACUUGGGAAAAAAUACUUGAGCUUACAGAGUAACUUCAGGAGAUCGAAGUGGGAACAUAGAGGAAAGAAACUGGAGUUUUUUUUUCUGUAGGACAUACCUCAAGAAUCAUCACAAUACACUGGAGUAGAGAAAGUUCAAGUUGGUAUCCUAUACUGCCAGUCAUGCUGCUGAGCACUUUAUCGUGGGCCCUUUGCUAAUCAUGCAACUGCUAGGUUGAGAAGGAAUAUUUUUCGUGAGUUUUUCUUUAAUGAGCCACCACACAGGAAAAAUACAAGACUUGAAAACUUUUGUUUAUGAGCUAUCAAGUGGGACUGCUUUUAUAAAUCUCUAAGAAUGGUGUUUUAUGCAAGAUUUGCCCUUACUGUAAGAAGAACCAAGGUUAAGGGAUUUUUUUCUUUAUUACUGUUGGGAAGUAUUUCUUACUCAAGGAGGGUUUUUUAGAUGUUAUAUUUUCCUCAAUAAAAAUGGAGUAAUGUUAUGAACUUUUAAAAUGUCUUUUAUUAAAAAGGUGAAAACUGCCAA